UGAUACGUACGAAGGCCUUCUUUUCUUAAUUUAUUGUCUGUGUCUGAAUUUCUGGUGACCUCGAGGAAGCAUCUAAACCACACUUCACCAUCACCAUAGACUUUUUAUAUUACUCUACUCUUGUUUGUAAACUUCUAGUAGUUGUUUACAGAUAAAUUAACAAUGUCCGAUGAAAAAUCUGAAACAAAACCGAAUAUUUUAAUAACAGGAACACCAGGUGUUGGCAAAUCACACUUAUGUGCCAAAAUAUCAGAAAAAUUAAACUUCAAAUGGUGGGAUUGUUCCAAAAUAGCAAAAGAAAAGAACUUUGUUGAAGAGCAUGACGAUGAAUAUGACUGUCCUAUAUUAGAUGAAGAUAAGCUUCUCGACUAUCUAGAACCAAAAAUGGAACAAGGCGGAAACAUUGUCGAGUAUCAUGGUUGUGAAUUCUUUCCUGAGCGUUGGUUUCAGGCAGUAUUUGUAGUAACUUGCAAUAAUACUACCCUAUUUGACCGUCUUAAAGAUCGAGGUUAUAACGAAAAGAAACUGAAGUCAAAUCUUGAAUGCGAAAUCUUUAAACUAAUUGAGGAAGAAGCGAAGGCUUCCUAUUCGGAGGAUAUUGUUUUUGAGUUGAAAGGUGAUACAGCGCAGGAUGCAGAAAAUAGUAUUAAGACUAUAAGAAACUGGUAUUCGGCCUGGAAAAGAAAGUAAUAAACAUUUGGUUGUGUUUUA